CGUUUGUUCCGUGAUCCGUUCUACUGGCUGAGACUGCUGAGAGCGCAUUUGUGCAUAUUUUUUGUUAAAAUAUCAUUCUAUACAUUAGUAAUCGGAGAAAUUGCAUCGUCGACGUUUGAAGCUUUCUAAUUUACUAUCCAUAAAUAAAAAUGGCCACUUUGGAGGACAAAUCCAUAUGGGAAGAUCGUGAGGAAACCCUCAGUGAAGAUGUAUUACGAAUGUCAACGGAUGAGAUAGUUUCACGAACGCGUCUUCUGGACAAUGAGAUUAAAAUAAUGAAGAGUGAAGUGAUGAGAAUAUCCCAUGAACUGCAGGCUCAGAAUGACAAGAUAAAGGAAAAUACAGAGAAGAUAAAGGUCAACAAGACUUUGCCUUAUCUCGUGUCAAAUGUGAUAGAACUUUUGGACGUAGAUCCACAGGAUACAGGUGAGGAGGAUGGAGCGGUUGUCGAUUUGGAUGCUCAGAGGAAAGGUAAAUGCGCGGUAAUCAAGACGUCGACUCGGCAGACAUACUUUUUGCCAGUGAUUGGUCUGGUAGAUGCAGAAUCAUUGAAGCCAGGUGAUUUGGUUGGCGUGAACAAGGACAGUUAUCUCGUAUUGGAAACUCUACCGGCUGAAUACGAUGCAAGAGUAAAAGCUAUGGAAGUCGAUGAACGACCGACCGAACAAUAUUCCGAUAUUGGUGGAUUGGAUAAGCAGAUACAGGAAUUGAUAGAAGCUGUGGUACUACCAAUGACACACAAAGAAAAGUUCGAGAACUUGGGAAUUCAGCCUCCCAAAGGUGUUCUUCUUUACGGGCCACCGGGUACUGGCAAAACACUUCUCGCUCGUGCCUGUGCUGCACAAACUAAAUCCACUUUCCUCAAAUUAGCCGGACCUCAAUUAGUACAGAUGUUCAUCGGUGAUGGUGCUAAACUAGUUCGGGACGCUUUCUCACUCGCCAAAGAGAAAGCACCCGCGAUCAUUUUCAUUGAUGAACUCGAUGCGAUUGGUACAAAACGAUUCGAUUCCGAAAAAGCCGGUGAUCGUGAGGUACAAAGAACCAUGUUGGAACUACUCAAUCAACUCGAUGGUUUCAGCUCCAAUGCUGACAUUAAAGUUAUCGCUGCCACUAAUCGUGUUGAUAUUCUUGAUCCCGCUCUUCUACGAUCCGGACGUCUCGAUCGUAAAAUCGAGUUCCCGCAUCCUAAUGAGGAAGCACGUGCCAGAAUCAUGCAGAUUCAUUCACGAAAAAUGAACAUGUUUCCCGAUGUUAAUUUCGAAGAAUUGUCGAGAUCCACAGACGACUUUAACGGCGCACAGUGCAAGGCUGUUUGCGUUGAGGCCGGUAUGAUUGCCCUGAGACGUAACGCGACGGCGGUCACUCACGAAGAUCUAAUGGAGGCAAUAAACGAAGUUCAAGCAAAGAAGAAGGCAAACCUCAAUUACUAUGCUUGAAUAAAAAAUGACUCAUUCAUCCGACAUCUAGUUAUUUAUUCGCACGUUUUCUUACAUGUUAUUCGGAACGAUGGAAUAAUCGCUGUUUCAAAGAUAAUACGUAUAUCGUGCGUGAGACAUCCGAAAAAAAGUAAACAGUAUCAACUGGAAUAAUUAAAAUAAAAAGAUUUUUUUGUCAAUUA